AUGGGCGCCAGCGGCUCCAAGUCCCAGACCCUGUGGCCCUUCGGCUCGGGCAGCUCCGAGGGUGCCAGCGGGCAGCAGGCGCUCGCCCAGGCGCGGGGGCUCUGUUUGGCCACUCCCAUCAUCUUCACCCGCCGAGGUUCUAUGUAUUAUGAUGAAGAUAGUGACCUUGCUCAUGAGUUUUAUGAAGAGACAAUAGUUACCAAGAAUGGGAGAAAGCGUGCCAAGCUGAAAAGGAUCGACAAGAAUCUGAUACCUCAGGGCUUAGUGAAACUGGAGCACCCUCGGAUUCACGUGGACUUCCCUGUUAUCAUCUGUGAGGUCUGAGCCACAAGGCAAUGUGAACAGUCACUGUG